AUGCCAUACAAUAUCGCCAUGGUCAGCGACUUCUUCUUCCCCCAGCCUGGAGGCGUCGAGAGUCACAUCUACCAGCUGUCGCAGAAGCUCAUCGACCGUGGUCACAAGGUCAUCAUCAUCACUCACCAGUAUGAAGGUCGCACCGGUGUCCGCUACUUGACCAACGGCCUCAAGGUCUACCAUGUGCCUUUCUUUGUCGUCUACCGCGAGACGACCUUCCCCACCGUCUUCUCCUUCUUUCCCAUCUUCCGCAACAUCGUUAUCCGGGAGCAGAUCGACAUCGUCCACGGCCAUGCCAGUCUCAGCAGCUUGUGCCAUGAGGCUAUCCUGCACGCCCGUACUAUGGGUCUUCGCACCGUCUUCACUGACCACAGUCUGUUUGGCUUUGCCGACGCUGCCAGUAUCCUUACCAACAAGCUGCUCAAGUUUACUCUUAGUGACGUCGAUCAUGUCAUCUGUGUCAGCCAUACUUGCAAGGAAAACACCGUCCUGAGAGCUUCUCUCGACCCUUUGAUGGUUUCGGUCAUACCCAAUGCUGUCGUUGCUUCAAACUUCCGUCCACUCAAUGCCGCAGAUGCCACCCAACCAUCUAUGCGCUCCGCUCUUCCACCUCCGCCGCCCCAGUCCUCUCAACCCCUUGGUCCAACUGAUACCAUCACCAUUGUUGUCAUCUCUCGCCUCUUCUACAACAAAGGCACCGAUCUCCUGAUCGCUUCCAUUCCACGCAUCCUCGCUACACACCCCAACGUGCGCUUUAUUAUCGCUGGUUCCGGGCCAAAAGCCAUAGAUCUCGAACAAAUGCUCGAUCGUCAUAUUCUCCAUGAUCGAGUAACACUUCUGGGCCCGGUCCGUCACGAGGAGGUUCGCGACGUCAUGGUCCGUGGCCACAUAUACUUGCAUCCCAGUUUGACCGAGGCCUUUGGAACCGUCUUGGUAGAGGCUGCAAGCUGCAACUUGCUCAUUGUAUGUACUAGAGUCGGCGGCAUUCCCGAAGUCCUUCCUGCUCAUAUGACUGUCUUCGCAAAACCCGAAGAGGACGACCUUGUUCGCGCGACCAGCGAGGCUGUCGGUCUCUUGAUGGGACAAGACCAGAAACGUACAGUUGUUCGCAGAGAUCGCUUUCACGAGCAGGUGCGCAUGAUGUACAGUUGGUCUGAUAUCGCCCGCCGUACUGAGCGCGUUUACGACCUGAUCACUGGCAAUGAGGAACAGCCUUACAACGAUUUCUACACUGAUAACCAAGAUGCCAAACGGCGCCAAUAUGGAAAGCAUGUCUCUCCUGCUUCACAAUCCUUCGCUCUGAUUGAUCGACUCAAGAGAUAUUAUGGCUGUGGUAUCUGGGCUGGCAAACUCUUUGUGCUCUGCGUUGUCGUCGAUUAUCUCCUCUUCGUAUUCCUUGAGUUGUGCUUUCCCAGAAGCAACAUUGACAUUUGUAGAGAUUGGCCGAAGAAGCAAAAAGCUGUGGAUGUUCUUGACGAUCGCGACGCAAAAAGCACAAUGAACAGAACUCGUUCUUCGCGAAACACCAUUUCCGACAACCAAGGCAAAACUUGA